CUCCCUCAAGGCCAACUCCCCAUCAACAUUGCUACCACCAUCGCCGCCCCUUGACCCCAAACGGCUUUCCAUCGCUACUCGAAGGUGUUUUUUCGCGUGUAGCCGCCGGCCGCUAGCCCUGCAGCAUUCCACCGCCCGGCCGCCCAAAGCUUCCCCGCUCCAUUACACGACAGCGCCGGGAGCUUCAGCCUCAUCCACCCAGGCAGAAGCCUAACAACCACGAGCGCCGUCCACGGAGCCCACGCAGCCAUGGCGGACCUCGCACAGAGCGGCGAAUUGAACCAGCCCGUCCUCAACCUGACGCCUGAGGAGAAGCGCGUCUUCCAGUUCCUCUUCCAGCAAGCCGACACGGAGAAGCUGGGCGUCAUAACAGGCGAGAUUGCCGUCAAGUUCUUCGAGCGCACCAAGUUAGCACCCGCUGUCCUGGGCGAGAUAUGGCAGAUUGCAGACACGGAGAACCGUGGUCUCCUGACCAUGGCUGGCUUCUGCCAGGUCCUGCGCCUCAUUGGACACUACCAGGCCGGCAGAGAUCCGGCUCCAGAGCUGGCAUUCAGACCUGCGCCCCUGCCCAAGUUCGAGGGCUUGAACAUCCCAUCCGCUCCUCCCGCCGCCCCGAGCUUCUCUCCACAGCCCACCGGUUCGAUACAACCUCAGAUGAGCGGCAAUGGCCCCAUCCGAGUGCCUCCGCUAGCACCCGCCAAGGCUGCUGAAUACGCAGGCCUAUUCGAGAAGUCUGGUGCCGUCAAUGGCGUGCUGUCUGGCGAGAAUGCAAAGGAGAUCUUCGAGAAAGCGCGGUUACCCAAUGAAGUCCUUGGUCGCAUAUGGAACCUCUCCGAUACGGAGCAGCGUGGCGCCUUGAAUGUGACCGAGUUCAUCAUUGCCAUGCACAUGCUCGCUUCCUACCGAAUAGGCAAUAUGAAGGCCCUCCCGACCGCCCUACCCCCAGGCCUGUACGAAGCCGCCUCGCGACGAGGACAACUCCCACCUCCACCAGGCCGACCCGACCAAUCCAUGUCCAUCCCGCGCCAGUUCAGUGGGCAGCAAAACCAGCCACGGCAAUCGAGCCCGCUUGGACGGACACCAUUUGGAGCACCGGCUCCAGCACCCCAACCAACCGGCAGCGAUUGGCUGAUCAGCCCACAAGAGAAGGCUUCAUACGACAACCUCUUCAAGACGGUCGACACUAUGGGUCGCGGUUUCAUUACUGGAGACCAGGCAGUGCGCUUCUUCAGCGACUCCGGGCUGCCCGAAGAUGUCCUCGCAGGGAUAUGGGACCUCGCAGACAUCAAUUCGGAGGGUCAGCUGUCCAAGGACGAGUUCGCAGUCGCAAUGUACCUCAUCCGUCAACAACGGAAGGGAGACCAGCUUCCAGCAACGUUACCACCCAGCCUGAUCCCCCCGAGCCUACGAACAGCCGCCAACCAAGCAGUACCAGUAGCCGCUCCUCAGCCAGCGCCACCCGUUCCUCGCGCCGCCAAAUCAGCUGCAGAUGAUCUCUUCGGACUCGACGCCUUCACAGCACCGGCUCCUGCUCCUCAGCAACCGCAAUCGACAGGCGGCUCUGCUACCUUCAGCAAGCCAUUCGAGGCUGAUCCUUUCGGAAGCAAGCCAACUUCGCCCACGUCUCCUCACCCAUUCCAGCCUCAACCGCGAAACCCCGCUUCCACCUUCAAGCCGUUCAUGCCUAGUUCUUCAUUUGGUCAGACUCUUACUGCGCAUUCUACAGGCCAAUCGGGUACUUCUGGCGUGCCACAACACUCCACACCAUCCGCGAUGGACGAUUUGCUGGGUGGAGAGGAUGUUGCCGAGAUCAACAAGAAGCUGACGCAAGACUCGACUGACCUGGCCAACAUGUCUAACCAGAUGACCACUCUCCGAAACCAGAUGCAGGAGGUUCAGAACAAGAAGACUGCGACCGAGGGCGAUCUCAACAGUGUCAACACUCAGAAGCGCGACCUUGAGCUGCGCCUCUCGCAAUUUAAGACCCAGUACGACCAGGAAGUCAAGGCUGUCAAGGCGCUAGAGGACCGACUGGCUGCCUCUCGCAACGAGACACGCAAGCUGCAACAGGACCUUGCUAUGAUCGAGGGCUCUUACCAGGAUCUCCAGAAUCAGCACCGCCAGGUGGGAGGUCAACUUGAGGCUGACCAACGCGAGAACAACAGCUUGAAAGAACGCAUCCGCCAGCUCAACACCGAGAUUGGACAGCUGCGUCCUCAGCUUGACAAGAUGAGGAACGAUGCCCGACAGCAGAAGGGCAUGGUUGCUAUCAACAAGAAGCAGCUUGCUACCAAUGAGGGAGAACGCGACAAGAUUAGGAACGAAAUGAACGACUUGACCAGGUCGCAGGAAGAGGGCACCCGCAGUCCGCAGGCCCAGACCCCCGCCGUCGCCGUCAGCCCUGCGGCGUCCACUACAAGCCAGAGCACCAACCCAUUCUUCCGCAAGUCGCCCCAGCCCGUUGCGGAGAACACCAUGUCGCCAUCUGGAUUCGCACGUGAAGGACCUCACAAGGACUUUGAUAGCGUUUUUGGUAGCUUCGGCACUCCCCAGAGCACAGCACCUCCCGUCUCUUUCCGUCCCGAUAACCAGAGCCAAGGUCCCAGCUUCUCUGUUCCCUCCGGCCAAUCAGUACGCUCUUCCGAAGGACCUGACGUUCCCACACCCUCUACUUCACCCCCUCUGUCUUCUUACCAAGAAUCUCCACGCGCUGCAGACCCGCCAGCUCCCCCUGAGUCGCGUCAAUUCGGCUCUUCAUUCCUGCCUUUGAGGGAAGGGGGUCAGCGAUCCGACUCGUUCAGCUCUUCCGUGCGAGGUACUGCUCCUGCCAGCAGAUAUGGUGGCCCUGGCAACGAGACACCUACAAUCUCCCAGGCAUCUCCUGCGAGCACUCCAAUAGCAGAAAAACCUACGGUGGAGCGAACAGAAACUAACCGUACGGAGACCGACAAUUUUAAUCCUUCUCUGUUCAACCGUAACUUCUCAGCAUCUCCUGUAGCCAGUAUCACCAGUGAUACUCAGCGCUCAACCAGGGCUGAAGACCGUAAGGAUGCCUUUUCCAACUUCGGAGCACCUUCAGCUGGUGUUGGACAAGACAUUCCUGGUGCUUUCCCACGAGAGGCUGCUACGCCCCUUCAGCAGAACCAGACUGGAGAGAGCAGUCUGAGCGCUCCCAACAGGAACAUCAACCGCGCCGACCCCUUCGGCAGCACCUCUGGCGAACAACCUCGUGGAGGCAAGGAUGAUUUCGAUGCAGCAUUCGCUGGCUUCGGUCCCAGUCGUCAGAACACUGCUACGGCAUCCACCACAAGCGCACCCGCGGAUAACUCCAACAGGUUCAACAAGGAGUUCCCUCCGAUCGAGGACCUCGCUCACGAUGAUGACAGCGACAGUAACGAUGAGCGUGGAUUCGAUGACAAUUUCACAUCCGCGUCGCCAAACCAGAAGCGUACUAGCACUGGUCAAGAGCAACGCUCCCAGCAACAGCAGCGGCCAGGUACUGCGUCAAGUGACGAGCUAUACAGAGCCCCACCACCAACUACUCGCCUCGACUCCAACAUCGGUGGCUUGCCCUCUCCUAGCGCGCAGAAGUCGCCGCCUACCUACGAGUCCAGUGUGAACCAGACCAGAAGUGGAUCGAACCAAUUCCCCCCUGAGUUCGGUGGUCUUCUUCCUGCUCGCGAGGACCCAACGUCGCCGGGAUCUCCUGACACCGCGCAAGGCCCGGAGAAGUCGUACAAUCCUCCUGGCGGUCACGGAGCUGCUCUAUUUGGUGGCCCUUCCAAGUCUGCGACCACAUCGCCCCCUCCUCUAGAUACUCCAUCUUCGACUGUUCCAUCCGACCAAUACCACUCUGCAGUAUCGUACGGUGCCAAUGAGAACAACAAGGGCCCAUCGCCGUCCAGCAACGUCCCUCAACUCGGCAAGUCUGCUUUCAACGAUGACUUCGACGCCGGAUUUGAUGAUCUAGCAGAUGCCAAGGAGGAUGACCGGGCUGAUGACGACUUCAUGUUCUCUUCGCAGAACCGUGAAGGUCUCGACGAGUUCAACCCAGUAUUUGACUCUCCAGCUGCCUCCAAGUCAAACACCAUGGCUUCUCAGCAGACUCCCACCGGCAAGCCUCGCGGCGAUGACAGUUUCAGUGACUUUGAACAUUUGUCACAAACGUUCGGAGGACAGCCCCAGCAGCCUCAACCCGCAGCCUCGUCUCAGGACUGGGACGCCAUCUUCUCCAACCUCGAGUCGUCGCAGACCGACAAGGGCUCGCACUCGCAGCAGGCCUCAACUGAUUUUGGCAAGUCCGUCUUUGACACUCUUGACAACGAAGAGGCUGCUGCUUCUUCAUCCAAGUCUCAGGGAUUAUCGCCUCAGAUGCCCACGCUUGGUCGUGCGAUCAGCACUGGAACCGAGCAUGAUGAUCCUAUCCUCAAGAAGCUGACUGGUAUGGGCUAUGGCCGCAACGACGCCUUGUCUGCGCUCGAGAAGUACGACUACGACAUCAACAAGGCCGCCGACCACCUGGCUUCCGGAGGAAACUAAACCCCCCGAUUACUCCCACUCCAAACCGCCACACACACACUCGCGCACCCCGGAUCGCUCUUUUGUAUGAGUACAUAUGUUUAGCAUGGCUUUGUCACAACAAACCUUUCACACCCUUGAGCGUUGGGCUUCUCUCUCUCCUGUUUUCCACUGUCGCUGCGACGCACGCCCUUUUCCUUUGUUCACGCUUACUCUUCUUGUACUAAAGCUUUGCGCUUGAGACGGAGGCUUUUGGGCCAGUCUUGAUGCUGGCUGUUUAGUAGGGAGGGGUUGGGUCUGAGCGAUUGGUGUGUCUUGUGCAUAUGGUUAGUUAAUUAAUCUAAUUCGGUUUUGCUUUA